AGCAAAUUAAGGCCCUUAGCCUGGCCCGUAAGUAACCAGCAGUCCAACUGCAUCCUUGGUAACAGAGCAUCCCAGCAACACUCAAUUCCCAGUCUUCAGUGAUCAGUCCACAACGCGUCAAAUUCUCAACUUCAGCGACUGCUUACUGGAUCGGCAGAUGGCGGGGCUGGACGAGAACGACAACUUCUACCUGAGAUACUACGUCGGUCACAAAGGCAAGUUCGGGCACGAGUUCCUGGAGUUUGAAUUCCGGCCCGACGGCAAGCUUCGUUACGCCAACAACUCAAACUACAAGAACGAUACCAUGAUCCGUAAGGAGGUCUUCCUCACACCCGCCGUCCUUAAAGAAUGCCGCCGAAUCGUCUCCGAAAGCGAGAUUAUGAAAGAAGAUGACAGCAACUGGCCUGAACCUGACCGCGUGGGGAGGCAGGAGCUUGAAAUUGUGCUGGAGAAUGAGCACAUAUGUUUUACCACCUCUAAGAUUGGCUCUCUAAUGGACGUGCAGACCAGUAAAGAUCCAGAAGGCCUUCGCAUAUUUUAUUAUCUUGUUCAGGAUCUGAAGUGCUAUGUGUUCUCUCUAAUCUCCCUCCACUUCAAAAUCAAACCCAUAUGAUUUGAUUCUGUUAAUGCUCUGGAAGCUGGACUUUUGUUAAGUUUUUCACUCUCAGUUCAACUGGAGUUGGAAGAAGCUAAAAAAGGGCCUGUAAUCUUGCAGUUUGAGUGGAAUUGUUCAAGGAACCUAAUUUGUUGCUCCGUUUUUAAUAGCACCUCUAGCCUGUGGUUUUGAUUUCUACCAACUUAUGUUUAGCCAAUCCAUUGAUUGCUCAAUGAAUGCUAUAGUUUCUUUGUUGGGGGUUUAAUUGAAAUUGCUUUUAGUGCUUUUGUUUUCAAUCAGACGGAAUACAAAUAUACAAUCAUCAAAUAUUUGGUAUUGAUAUUCAAACUGUAUGAAGAUCUUAUAAAGUGCAAAUUAUCAUCCC